AUGUCCUCCAGCAAAGAAGCAGAGCAUAUGGCCAACCAGGCCCAGCCUCAACAACCUCCUGCUCCAGCAUACAGCGAAGCAGGACCCUCCCAUUCCCAAUCAAAUGACAAAAUUCCCACGGCAGAGAACCCCUUCGACUUCCCUGAAUCUAAUCUUCCCACAUAUUCUGAAGCUUCAACAAGCAACCAACCACCUAUCGCGAUUCCUCAGGAAGCCCCAAGCCAAACAUCCCCUUUUCUAAAAGCAUAUGCACCAGCUCUCCUAGGCCACGGAAUCACCCAAGAAGCCUGGACUUCUUUCCUCGACACCAUAUCCGCUUUCAUGACCGCAAAGGUCGGGGAGCGAGCUGUCAAUCACGCUGGAGACAUCGCCAAGACUGUGGGCCAGCAGCCUGUCUCUUACGUCAAAGGAGUCGGAAACCACGCCAAGAGCGUUGGCAAGAAUAUCGUUAACAACACAAAGAAGGGCAACAUCAUCGGUGCAGCAGCUGGUGUUGUCGGCGGCGCGAUAUCUAUCCCACUAGGUGCUGUAUUUGGCGCCGUAGGAACGAUCGUGGGCCUCCCCGGUCGCACUAUAGCCGCUGCUGUCAAGAAGCCUCAGACACCUGCCGAGAGAGCUGUUGCAUAUGUUGCUGUUGCAAAUCACGACUGGCUGAACAAGAGAGGUCUGCACGCGAGCAUAGUCACCACUGAGCAGCUUUCCGAGAUUGUUGGUGUUUCUGUUAAAGCACUACUAGAGGCUUCGGCCGAAGGGAACAAGAGUGAAGGGUCUUUGGGACCCUUGGGUGCUUUGAGUGAGCAUACUGCUCAUCUUGAGGUCAAAGGGCCUGGUGUUGUUGAUAUCAGCAAGGAAACGUGGUGGUUGACUGUUGUCCAGAUCGAGGCCGCCUCUUGA